AAGCCGAAGCCUGCCUAUUAAACCCAACGUUACUCUUCCUCUGCUUCCCUGCCAGUUCAUUACUCUUCUUCCUCCUCGCUCCCAGUUUUGAAUCGAGAGAGAGGUGUUGGGUGCAGCUAGCUUGGAGCAAGCAAGCGGAUCCAGGAGGAGCCGACCGGAGUGCGGAGAUGGCGGACUGGGGGCCGGUGGUGGUCGCGACGGUGCUGUUCGUGCUGCUGACGCCGGGGCUGCUGUUCCAGCUGCCGGCGCAGGGCCGGAUCGUGGCCUUCGGCAGCAUGCACACCGGCGGCCUCGCCAUCCUCGUCCACGCCGUCAUCUACUUCGCCCUCAUCACCAUCUUCCUCAUCGCCAUCGGCGUCCACAUCUACGCCGGCUAGACCCCCCACUCUUCUUCGCCGCACAGCGCUUCUCGGCUCUGCCGCGCGUUAUUAAGCUUUGUUGCCUGCCGAGCUUGUCUGUCCCUUACUACUAUUAUUGUUGAUGUACUGUGUGUGUAGUAGCUUCUGUUGUCUUCUUUGGUUGAUCGGAGAAACAAUCGGAAGCUAGUAGUAUAUGGUUUGGUGGUCGGCUGUGGGGUUUCGUUUGAGAUGGCUCUAUCUCUGGGAUGAAAUUUUAUCCGGAGAAGAAUGGAUGUUGUUGUUGCUCCUGUUGCCGUUGUGAAUCCUCUCUUGAAUUAACCUUGGACGUGUCAAUUUAUUUA